AUGUCAAAAUCAGAUAACGAAUGGAGAGCAAUUCUCUCACCAGAGCAAUUUUACGUUUUGAGACAAAAGGGAACUGAACCACCAGGAUCAGGAAAGUACAACAAAACCCCAUCAUCGGAAAAGGGUGUUUAUGAAUGUGUCGCUUGUCACAAUCCACUUUACAAAGCCAGUACUAAAUUUGACUCAGGAUGUGGAUGGCCAGCUUUUUAUGAUGCAAUUCCUGGGGCUCUCAACGUGAGCACAGAUACAAGUCACGGAAUGACAAGAAACGAAAUUACUUGUGCCAAAUGUGGUGGACACUUGGGACAUGUCUUUAAAGGUGAAGGGUUCCACACUCCAACUGAUGAAAGACAUUGUGUCAACAGUAUCUCACUUCAUUUGAAUCCAGAGAAGCCAUAG